AUGGCUUUGCAUGAAAAGCCCAUAUUUUAUGAUGACACUUCUUAUUCCUGGUCCAAAGUGUCCAGGUGUUUUCUUCCACAAAAUCACCCAUGGCGCAAAGAUGCAAAAUCAUUUGAUGGAAAAGAAGAACUCAGAGCUCCACCAAUUCCAUUAACUGGAGAUGACGCACUUAUGCAAUUAGAACAAUUGGAAAGAAAUGUUUCUGAUAAUCUUGUAUCGACAGUGAUGGAUUUACUUGGAAAGACAAAGGACACAUUAAAAAGUAGGUAUGAUUUGGUGGAUUUGGGCAUUAGGAGUAAUUUGCACCCGAUUAAGAAUGGUAAUGAUGUUUAUAAGCCUCCUGCUCCUUACACAUUAUCUUCUGAAAAGAAACAAUCCCUUUGCAAAUUCUUGGCUAACUUAAAAGUACCUGAUGCUUUUGCAUCUAAUAUCUCAAGGAAAUAUUUCCAAUUGCAAUACGUGGGUUACUGCCUCCCCAAGUAUUUGCGAACUCUAAAGUCAUAUGUUGGCAAUAAGGCCCAACCUGAAGGAUCAAUUGCAGAAGGAUAUUUGGCAGAUGAAAGUCUAACUUUUUGUUCACGAUACUUGAAAGACAUUCCUACUAAAUUUAAUGUGCAGCAUCGGAAUGAUGACAUCAGUGAUAAUAAUAUCAGUAAUGAGCUUUCGGUGUUCAAGAAAAGUGGUGAAGCUAAAGGACAUUUUGAGUCAGUCUCUCUUUCUUAUGAAGAGUAUUGUCAGGCAAGAAUGGAACAGAGGAGAGAACUUGAAGCUCGGGGAUUAAUGAGUGAGCAAAACCAAUAUAAAGAGUUUCCUGAUUGGUUCCGUUCACGAGUGAUAGCAUUGUCCACACAAGGCUUUGUAAGUCCUGAACUCAAAAGUUUAUCAAUUGGUCCAUCGAGAGUGGUCAAUCGUUACUCUAUGUUUAUAGGCAAUGGAUUUCGUUUUCAUGCAAAAGAUCGGGCAAUAGGAAAAAGAACUCAAAAUGAUGGAGUCAUGGCCAAGGGUGAUGACACUGAUGCUAAUAAAGAAUAUUAUGGUGUGUUAGAGCAUAUUUAUGAGUUAUCUUACAUAGAGAAUAAAAAAUUAUACUUGUUUAAGUGUCACUGGUGGGAUGUCGCUAACUAUGGCGAAGGAUAUAAGGUGGAUAAGUAUGGGUUCACAAGUAUCAACACUCAAUGUUCAUUACAAACUAAUGAACCAUUUAUUUUAGCAUCUCAAGCAGAGCAAGUUUUUUAUGUGGAUGAUAUUGUUGACCCGGGUUGGAUUGUUGUUGUCAAAACGAAUCCACGUGACUUGUUCAAUAUGCCGAUUGAGAAUGUUAAUGUUGGUAGUGAUGUUAAUAUUGCAAUGGUUGAUGAAGAGCCUUAUCAACAAUUGGUGGUUGAUUUAAAUGCAAGUCUUAUACAGCAUGAUAUCUUUAUUGACUUGUGUGGAGAUGAUGUACAACCCCAAACUUUCAUUCAAGUAGGAGAACCAUCACAAAGAAGUAAUAUGGAGAUUGGAUUUAUUGAUGAUAGUGAAUCUAAUUCACUAGUUCAUGACGAUAGUGAUGAAGAAGAUGUGCUUGAUGGUAAUGAUAGUGAUACUGAAGAAGAAAGUGACAUUGAAGGUGAAAUAGAAGAUGAUGAUACAAGUGAUAGUACCACAGAGGACUCAACAGAAUGA